AUGGAACAUGUUGGCUUUCACUACGAUCCUGACUGCGACUACAGCCUGCAUGGUGCCAUCGGAGCAAUGGAUAUUAUUUGUACGCUUUGCAAUGCAGCGAAAUUUCGAGGAGAAAUAGCUGGCAUGUGCUGCUCCAGUUGCAAAGUGAAACUGCCUGCAUUGGAACCGCCACCAGAACCAUUACAUUCCUUGCUCACUGGAGAAUCGCCGACGUCUAAGCAUUUCUUGCAGAACAUACAAGCGUACAAUUCAUGCUUUCAAAUGACUUCUUUUGGUGCCACAAAGAUCAUUAGAGAUCCAUUUAUGCCGACGUUCAAGAUUCAGGGACAAAUAUACCAUCGAGCAGGCUCGCUCAUACCAUUUGUCGAUGCCGACUAUCAAUUUUUGCAAAUAUAUUUCAUCGGUAAUGAAACUGACCAACUAAAUCAACAAUGUAAAAUUGCGAUCGGCACAAGGCGAGAAAUCGUACUAAAUUUGCAAAGAUUUCUCAAUGAGCACAAUGAAUUGAUUCGAUUGUUCAAAAUCGCAUUGGACCGCAUGCCGUCUGAUAACCAUCGAAUCGUCAUCAGAGCAGACAAAAUGCCGAUGGGGCAGCAUGCCAGACGAUUCAACCCACCAACAAUCGAUGAGGUGGCAAUCGUCAUUGUUGGCGAACAGUUUGAAUCGCGAGAUAUUGUACUGCACCGUAGAAACGAACAACUUCAGCGUGUUUCCGAGCUACACCGUAGUUAUGAUGCAUUACAAUAUCCGAUAUUAUUGUGGAGAGGUGAUGACGGCUAUCACAUCAAUAUGCGAUUGAUGAAUCCAACUACUGGCCAAGAAACACCGAAAAAACUCAGUGCGAUGAACUUCUAUUCGUACAGAAUAAUGAUUCGUCCGCAAGAAGAUAACUACAUCCUGAAAUGUCGCAAGCUUUUCCAUCGGUAUUUGGUUGACAUGUAUGCGAAGAUCGAGACCGAACGUGUCAACUUUAUUCGAUUCAACCAAGCGAAAUUGCGUUCUGAAGAGUACAUCCAUUUGAGAGACGCCGUAAUGAAUGAUGCAAAUGUGAAUAGCAUUGGACGUCUGACAAUAUUGCCAGCCACAUACAUCGGCAGUCCGCGCCAUAUGCACGAGUAUGCGCAAGAUGCGAUGUCGUAUGUGCGCCAUUACGGCAGACCGGAUCUGUUCAUAACGUUCACGUGCAAUCCCAAGUGGAAUGACAUCAAAUGCCAUUUGUUGAAAAAUCUCUCAGGCAUAAAAAUGAUAACCCCAACCACUACCCAUAAAGCGGUUGUGCCAAAAACUUCUUAA